AACGUAGCUAGCUUCAAUCAGCGGGCCUGUCUCCCCGGCAACAUCUCCCACAUCCUCAUCCACAUCCUCAGCAUCGUUUUCUGUUCCACCCCGGGGAAACCAAACUGACUGACCUCCCCCGCGGUCGUGGUCGCUGUGCUGGCGGUGGACGCGGCGCUGGGUGUUGGGGACCGCUGCAGAGUGACCAACGCCAUGGCUGGAGGAAGCUGUGGAUGCACCGGCCGGCGCCGCUGGGCCCUGGUGAGCUGCUGCUAGCUGCUGCUGCUGCUGGUGGUGCUAACGAUGCUACUCCCAUGAUGAUGAUGAUGAGGAGGAUGAGGAUGAUGCUACGUGCUGCUGCUGGGAGGCUGCAGUCUCCGCCCCUCCGUCAUGUGACAGCUGGACCAGAGGACAUGCGGGUGGCAGUGAUUGGAGCCGGAGUCAUCGGCCUGUCAACAGCUCAGAGCAUCUAUGAACAGUAUCACUCCAUCGUCAGCCCACUGACCAUCGAGGUGUAUGCAGACCGUUUCACACCCCUGACCACUAGUGAUGGAGCUGCUGGCUUCUGGCAGCCAUACCUCUACGAUAAGGGCAACGUCCAGGAGACAAAAUGGAAUAAAGAGACAUUUGACUACUUGCUGAGCCACCUCCGUUCACCAGAGUCCAUACAGAUGGGUAUAUUCCUUCAGUCUGGCUACAACGUCUGCAAUGAACCAGCCCCAGAUCCCUCAUUUAAAGAUAUUGUCCUGGGCUUCAGACAGCUCACACAGCGAGAACUGCAGCUGUUCCCCGGAUACAAGCAUGGGUGGUUCAACACUGCUCUCAUGGUGGAAGGUAAAACAUAUUUACCUUGGCUGAUGGAUUGGUUGCAAAAAAGGGGUGUGAAAUUUUAUCACAGGAAAAUAAAAUCCUUCAAGGAGCUGGCAGAAACUGGGGCAGACGUGGUAAUAAACUGCUCUGGGAUGAGAUCAGGCGAGCUCCAGCCGGACCCUGAGCUCAAACCAGGCCGUGGCCAGAUAGUGAAGGUGGAUGCUCCGUGGCUGAAGCAUUGGGUUCUUACCCACAAUAUUGCAGCUGGAAUCUACAAUUCACCAUACAUCAUUCCAGGGAGUCGUCUGGUGACAGUUGGUGGGAUUUUCCAGUUAGGAAACUGGAGCGAACAGAACAACUCCACUGACCAUAAGAAAAUCUGGGAAGAAGCUUGCCAGCUCGAGCCUUCACUCAAGCAUGCCAGGAUCGUAGAGGACUGGGCCGGCCUCAGGCCUGUUCGCAGCAAAGUCCGACUGGAGAGGGAGACCAUACAGGCUGGUGCAACCACAGUCGAGGUGAUACACAACUACGGCCACGGAGGUUUCGGACUCACCAUUCACCGAGGCUGCUCCCAGGAGGUGGCGAGGCUCUUCGGUCAGAUCGUGGAACAAAAAGGCAAAGGUCCAAAAGCUCGCUUGUAAAUUUGUGUCCGUCAGUGUACUGAUAGGUGCACUUUGAAUUUCAACGUCAGUGCCUUGUAUCCCAUACUGCACGAGCUAUCUAUAACUAACAUUCAAAGCAAACAGAUAUUCAGCAUCAUAUACCUUUGGUAUAAUUACAUCUCUAUAAAACAAUGUAAUGUAUGUAA